UUGGAGGGCAGGUUCAGAUUCUGUGCACGAGGAAAGUUACGUUACCUUUCAUUUCUGUGGAAUCUUAUGCUGUGAAUUCACUGCAGACGCAACACACACAAUCUCGUUCUGUCUACACCAAGAACAGUGGCUAUGGCAUUAUCUCACGUUUCACUGGAAGAAAAUCUCAGGUGUUCUAUUUGUUUGGAAAUCUUUAAGGAUCCUGUAGUUCUUACCUGUAGUCACAGUUUUUGUAGGAUCUGUAUAGAGAGAACGUGGAACCAGAAGGAGAUAAAGGAAUGCCCAAUGUGCAGGAAAAAAAUUAAGCAUUCACUUAUAAACAAUCUAGUCCUUAAGGAAACCUGUGAAACAUUCGCGCAGAAGAAACGCAGAAUGGAAGCUCAAGGAGUGAUAUGUCUGCUCCAUACCGACAAACAGCAUCUGUUCUGUGUGGAUGAUCAACAGCUGGUGUGUUUACAGUGUGUGGACCAGGACCAUCAAAAUCACAACUUCUGCUCCAUCAGCAAAGCAGCGGAAAGACAAAGGACCAAACUUGAAGGAAAAUUGCAGGUACUUCAGGCAAAACUAGAAACCUUGAUUUCUAAAAAGUCUACUUAUGAUGGCACAUUUUCAAAGCUCAAGGGGUCUAUGCAGCAUGUAGAAAGGAAGAUAAAGAAGGAGAUUAAGAGUCUUCACCAGUUCUUAAGCAAGGAAGAGGAGACCAGGAUAGCUGCAUUGAGGGAGGAAGAGGAGAAAAAGAGCCAGAGAAUGAAGGCAAAGAUUGCAGAAAUUGAACAACUGUGUUCGGAUCUGUCUGAGCAAAUCAACAAUAUCAAGGAUGCCAUGGGGGAUGAAGACAGUUCAUUUGUAAAUAAUUUCAAAGAUACAGAAAAAAGAGCUAGGUACACAGUGCCAGAUCCAGAAAUGGAUUCAGGAGUUCAGAUCGAUGUGUCCAAACACCUGGGGAAUCUGAGAUACAGAGUGUGGGAGAAGAUGAAGGACAGUCUUUACUGCUCCCCAGCUGCACCCUGCACGGCAGCUCCAACAACUCAGCAGGUGAUUCUGCCACGUCUGAUUGUUCCACAGGGCCUUCACCCAGUGUUGUCUCCUCAGGUGACUUCCAAGGUGCCACAUGUCCCACAACUGCCUCUGCAGGUGCUGUCCACUCAACGCAAGUGCCAGGAUGGCCCGGUCCCAGCCAUACCCUGA